CACGAAUUAAUUUAACCAGAAAAGUCUGCAGAAGUCUCUCUGCAUGCCUUCAAGAUCUGAAGAACAUCUGAUGGAGAUGUAAAUUUCCUUGGCUAAAAAUUGAAAGUUUAAGUCCAGUCUGGGGGACUAGAUGGCCUGAAAGGAAACAUAUUUAUAUGGUAACACUGAAAUAUCUUUUUAUUUCACUUUUUACGUCUUCACGAAAAAAGGGUUUCAACAAAAUCGCAGCAUUUUAUUUCACGUUGCAUGUUUUAUUCUAAAGGCUUGAACAGGACUCUCGUCUUUCCAGCAGUUUAUCACCGGAUUACAGUGAGGUGUAUUUGCAUCUGACUUUCUACACGCCCCUCUCCCUCUGACACAAAGUAGGAUAGAUCCUGCGCGCUGCACUUCAAUCUGGCCGGACUGACACACACUUGGCUGACUGACUUCUGACACUCAACAAUGCAGACCACGCCACAAAAGUUGGAAACGUUAUCUUUACGCACGGGCCCUGCGGUGAGAGGACUCAGGAGUGACAGCAGCUGUGCGCCCAUGGAUCAGACUACAAGUGUUGGUUUCCCUGCAUCCCUGCGGAAAGUCAUUUGAAGAGCUAGGAGGAGACAGACUCGCUGCGGUGCCAAAGGAAAUCCAUUAGUCGCUCCGUGCUGGAUUUACCAGAGCUCUGAAGGUUUACAACUGGAGUAUCAGUUAGGCUGAGGUCUAUAUUUUCUGUGACAAUUUUACUUUCAGUAGCAUCUACUCGGCGUUUUACACAAAUCCUGGAUAAUCGCCUGCGCCACGGAGCCAACCUUUGGAGACGCUGGAUCUGAAUUACGCACGGGAUUCCUCUAACAAAUGACAGGCUCUAAGUGGUUUGUGGCUCCCUCACUUCAUCCCCUCAGCUCCCUUUAUCGCACAGACCCAGCGUAUCGUCCCCUUGUCCAGGUUCGACGCGGAGACUAAACCCUCUCUGUGUUUGCCAGUGCGCCAGCGUGCGGCUGCGGGCCACCUGGCCGAGAAUGUGGGGAGGAGGUUUCCCGAUAUCUGUCACCACGAUUGUGACUCUGCUCCUGGUUAUAAUCGACGUGAAAGCCAGCGGGGAAUACUGCCACGGCUGGCACGACGCGCAGGGAGUUUGGAAAGAAGGGUUCCAGUGCCCGGAGAAGAUCGACGCAGAGGACGCGAUCAUCUGCUGUGGAAAAUGCGAGCUGCGCUACUGCUGCUCCAGCACGGACGCACGACUGGAUCAGGGCAGCUGCGAUAACGACCGGCAGGCACAGGAGCCCGGGGCAGAGAGCAAAGAGAACAAGGACUCCGGUGCAGUGCCCAUCUACGUGCCUUUCCUGAUCGUGGGCUCAGUGUUCGUAGCUUUCAUCCUGGUGGGUUCUGUGGUUGCCGUGUGUUGCUGCCGCUGCCUCCGGCCCAAGCAGGAACUGUCGUCAUCAGGUGCCACAGGAGGCGGGACCAGCAGCGGGCGCCUCUUGGAGACCAUCCCCAUGAUGGCGAGCACCUCCAGGGGUUCCUCAUCCCGGCAGUCCAGCACAGCCACCUCGUCCAGCUCCUCUGCUCCACCCGCCGCCCCCCGUCCUGCACCGCCUCCCCUCAUGCGGGCUCAGGCCUCCUGCUGUCUGCCGCCCGACGCCAGCGUCUUCGUCAACAUGCCCACCAACUUCUCCGUUCUCAACUGCCAGCAGGCCACCCAGAUCAUGCCUCACCAGGGACAGUUCCUGCACCCGCAGUACAUCGGCUACGCCCACCCUGUGUCCCCUACCCCUACCUUCUUGGACCCCACUCAGGGAGGAUACAGACCCCUCCAGUCCCCCUGCCCUCCUCCCAACGCAGGGUCCAGUGUCACCAGUGACCAGAAAUACCCUCCAGUGACAGUGUGAUGAGGGGCCAACCUGCAGACCACUCUACCACUUUGUUGCAAAGACUGACUUGUGAAGUUUAACCUGUGAGAGCUGAGGCAGAGACCUUUACGCCAGAGUGGGAAAACAAAAGGCAGGGAAUCAGACUCACAUGAAGGACUCAUAAAGCUGUUGCUGGUAGCAGGGCCUGCUCUGCUAUAGUGUGUGGUGUGUGUCUGUUUAGUGUUUCAUAUGAUCUCUUGGCAAGUCGGAACGAGCAAAGCUCAGCCUGCGAUGGGGUAAAUGGAUGUGUAAACACUUCUCUGUCUUGAUGCAAAGACAAAACUGCAUCGUGGAGGGUUAUAUAGCCCAGAUGGGUAAUAACACACAGUUCACUGCAGCCUGCAGCUCAAAUAAAGGCUGCAUGUAUUUGUGUUUGCAUGGAUGUGUGUGUGAUCGAGAAAAAAAGAUUUGUUGGCUUAUAUGUGUGGGAAUGAGUGAUGACUGGAUGAUUUAUAGCAGGGGACUGUAUGACAAAUGGAUAUUCAAGCAAAAAAAAAAAAAUGACCACAUGCUGUGUUUAUGCCAUGUGCACAUCUGUGCUUGUGAAUGAUUGUGAGUGGUUUCUACAAUACAGUAUAUUUUUGUUUGUGUUAAAAGUAUGAAGAAAGAAAGCAUGUGGAUAGAUGUUUGUACUGUAUGUGUGUGUGAGGUUGGGACAGUGUGAAGUGUGGAGGGAUGUGGUCGUAUGAGUAACUGUGAGUGAACUUUGUGUAAUGGGAAAUGCAGGUGGCGUGAUGUGAAAGGCAGUCGCAAUCUCCCCGUAGGCCAUUUAAACUCUAAUGAAGUGAACACAGGACACGGACUGUGACGCUCCACCCUACUAUACAACCCCCCUCCUGCCACCCAGAAAGAAAAAAACACAAAAACCCCCAACUGCCCUGAGCGGAAACACACUCACAGACCCCAAAAAUGACAAUAUUCACCCGCGGCUGGCAGUUAAUGUUCCUUGGAAGUGUGAGUGUGUGACAGAGCAGUGAGAGGCAGUUCUCUGAAGAUUACAGAGUUAAUUAUACAGCAAAAACUCUGCCAGCUGCCCCCUUCACUUCUCUCCUGUGAGAGGUGUGUGUGUGUGUGUAUUUAACACUACCACAGUUCAGUGCAUUAGUACAGGCAGCUCCAGGGCACCUCUGACUCAUUAUUUUCCACUCAAGAAAGACACAGAAGUGGCAGUUAUUGAAUGUUAAUCUAAAAAAAAAAAAAAAAAAAAGAAAGUGAAAGUUGUUGAAUUUUAAGCCAUCAUGUGUGUUGUUGCACUGCUGGGUCACCGGUAACUGAGAAACAUGCAACUUGAGGAAUGUGCUGCUCCACUGAGCGUGCAGCCUGAGAUGUCCUGAAACCUGUAUGUCUGUGCACCUCUUCUGUUCUCCACGCACAAUGUCUGUACGUUACAGCGGGCAGCUUGUGUGAGACAAAACAAAACCAUCUGUAAAACAGUGGAUUCACUUAAGCUGAAUGUGUUUGCUCCAUCUGAAACAAAGAGAUUUGAUGCAGAAUCGUUUUUCAUAUGAAUUUGAAAAAAAAAAUAAACAUUUUAAAACAGAAAGUGGUGUGUCGAGAGCUUAUUUGUCACUGAUUUCUGUCAGUUUGCACUGACAGAAAAUAGCAAUGUUUUUUCCACUUUAAAAACCAUGAGGGUAUGAGUGGUACUUAAACACACAUUAGGAGACGAGGCUUAGUUAACAAAAAGCAAAUCUGUGUGGCGAAUGGGUUGUCUUAAUCCCCUAAAAACACACACACACAAAGACACAUACUUAAGCUAUUAGAGGCAUUACACACAUUCACAGACAGGUCUACCUCCCACUGAGGGCAGACCGAAUACCUGUCACAUCAGCCGACACACAGAGAGGAGAAAUAAUAAACCACAACAAUGGACAGUUUGAAACUCUGACGAUGCGGAGGUGUAGACUUUUGGCAGGCUCCUCCAGAAACUCAGCUACAGUAAUGUGGAAAGCGGAGCGAGCCAUUGGAGAGUCACUGGGGAGGAGUUGAAAAGCAUAAAUGGCUCUCUGGCUCCUGCUCGGCCGGCGGCCCGAUGGAUUCUCCAUACUGGAAGCAGCAGCUGUGGUUGGUUUGGGCUGGGCCACAUCCAGGAAGGUGGGUGGGAAAGGGAUCUCCAGUUGGGGACGGGGGUGAACUGAUCUACUAAUGGUCCGUCUACACCGACUCUCCUGAGCUUUAAAAGGGAGCGUGGGAGAACUUUGAUCCUGGUAAUAUAUGAAAUCAUAUGCAUCUCGUGUACAAAUCAUCCUUUUCCAUAUAUUUUUUCUAUUCUAUUUUCAGCGUGAAAUGUAAACCAAGUCGCUCCAGCUCGCCCGGAGCAACAGUUGGACUCAAAACACCCAACUUUAAUGCAGGAAUACAACGCUUACAGUCAAAACACAAAGACAUUUGGUCAGGCCAUGGAUUGAUUAGAUUUAAUGAUUAGGACUCAGAUGGAACCCCCCCCCUCCUCACAACCUUUCAGUCUUACAUUCCUGACCCAGAGAGUCCUCAACGCAGAGCACACAGACAAUGGACUCCACACUCAGACAAAUUCCCGAGCCAGAAAAAACACAUGAUCCACCCGAGUUUUUCAAUCAAAUCCUUUCUGUUUGGAUGCCUAUUAGGACUAGUUCAAGUAAAAUAUUCCCUCUAAGACUUAUCUCCACAUAUGAGUACAAAAACAGGCAUUAAAUGAAAAGAGAAAAAAAUAUAAACACAUACACAUUAAUGUCCACUUUAAUAAUAAUAAAAAAAAAGGAAAGAAACAGUCCAGUAAAGAAUGGAAGUCCAACAGAACCGAAGGAAGCGCUGAUGCCUGGCAUGCUGCUUCUACAUCAGCCGGUGAUGCUAGACAGGUGGCAUCGGGGAUCACAGGAGCGGUCAGAAUAAAAAAAAAAAAAAAAAAAAAAAAA